AUGGAGAUUAUGCCGCGUAAGAGGAAGAGAAGAGCGGGCGUGACAAUAACGGGAACUCCGGAGCGAUCUUACGGUGACGAUAACGAAGACUCGCCAGAGGUGUACGAAGGGGCUGACGGUGGUCAAGCCCUAUUUGUUCCGCGGAAAAGGCAGAGAACGAAGCGGAGCCGAAACGGCGGCGGAUCGAACGGCGGAGAAACCAUUGGCGGCGGCGGCGGCGGAGGGGGGAGAGAGCGGAGACCGCCUCUUAGGGGAAAAGGGGAACCGGGGAGCCCGGGAAGUCCGGAAGGCGAUGUAUCGGGGGAAAGCGGAGACGGGGUUGCGCAUGAGGAGCGGGUUAGGCGGAAGCGUAGACCGAGCGUGAAAGCGGGGGAAGGAGCGGAACGGAGAGGGGAGAGGGGGGGUGACGGGAGGAGAGAGAGAGGAAGGCAGGGAUUGGCUGGUUUGAGGAGGGAUAGGAGGGGGAAGAGAAGGGAGGAAGAUGGGGAUGGGGAGGGGGAGGGGGAGGAUUUGGAAGUGAAGGGGAGGAGAAGAGAGACAACGAUGGGGGGAGUGGGGAGGGGGCAUAGGGUGUUGGCAGGAGAGGAAGGAGGGGAUGGUAAUAGCGAGGACGCCAAUAAGGAGGACAGUGGAGAGGAGGAGCGAGAGGAGGAGAGGGGGAGUGAGGAGGAACGGAGUGGAGAGUCGAGUGGGGGGGAGCGAGAGAGUCUAGGAGGAAGGGGAGGUGGGGGGCGGGCGCAGGGUAAGAGGGAGGGAGGAGAAAGAGAGGAGGAAGAGGAUGGAAGGGAGGAGAAAUACGUUGAGAGGCGUCGUGGGAAAGGGAAUAAGGUUAGACGUGGAGUGGGGGAUAGUGCAAAUGAGGGAGAGGAGGAAGAGGAGGAAGGAGAACGCGGAGCAAGAGGGAAAGGUGGGAGAGGUGGGAGGGGUGGAAAGGGGUCUAGGGGAGGUAGGGGAGGUGGUGGAGAGGCGAAGAGGAGGAGAAGGCGAGGAGGGCAGGCUGCAGAGGCGAGCAAUGAGGGAGAAGAGGGGGUGGAGGGAGACGGAGGAGGGGGGUCUGUGGUUCGGAAGAGGAGGGGGAGGAGGCCUGCUGCAAGUCCCUUAGAGGGGGGAGAAGGAGGCGUGAUACAGUCACCAGCAGCAGCAUCGCCUGCCCCAAAGAAGAAAGGCACGCAGUCUCACAGAGAGGGGUGCCCGGAUAGGCGUGCGGAUGGGGGGAGAGAUGGAGAGAAGCGAGCAGAUGCAGAGACGGAUUCUGAAGAGGCAACUGAGUCGGAGGGAGGGGAUAAUGAGAGCGAGGAGGAGGGUGCGGAGCAGGAGAGGAAGGAGCAGGAGAAAAGGGCCGCGGAAGGUAUGUCGCAGCGGAGAGGGAAAGGUCAGAGUAGAGAGCGGGACGGCGAUCGGGAGGAGUGGGAGGAGGAGGAAAAGGCGAGACAAGAGCGAGAGGGAGAAGAGAGGGAUGAUGCAGAUGCAGAAAGGGGUGAAGGUGGGGGUUUGGGGAAAGAGAAGGGAGGAGGAGGAAAGGGAGAGGAGAAAAAGAGGGGUUUAGAGCAGCAAGAAGGUGAGAGAGAAGAGGAGGAGGAGGGUGAAACAGAUGAGGAGGGGGAGGAGGAGGAGGAGGAGGAUGAGGAGGAGGAGGAGGGUGAAACAGCUGGUGUUGCUGCUGGUGCUACAACUGGUGCCAUCGCUGCUGCUACAGCUGCAACCACACCUGGUGAUGCUGCAGCUACUAGUGACGAGGCUACUGAGCUGGAUACAGAUUCUGAUGACGAGGAUGGUGCUGAGCUGGCAUCUGAUAAUCCUGACGUGGCAUUGGACGAAGCUGACGAUGCAGAACCAGUGAUUCUGGAUAGUGGGGCUGCUGCUGACGUGUCCACGCCCUCUGUUGAGCUGGCAGGAGAAGGGAGCGGAGAGGAUGUGACUGAAAUGAGGGAUAGAGAAGGGGGGGAGGAGGAGGAGGAGGAGGAGGUGAUGGAAGUGAGGGGGAAGAGGAGGAGCUCCGACGGUGGGGAGGAGGUGGUGGUGGUGGAGGAGAAGGGGAGGAGGGAGGGAGGAGGUGGGAGAGCAAGUUACAGCCAGGUAGUUGACCUGGAGGGAUAUGGGAGCUCUCAGAUUCAAGAGAUUCAAGACACUCAGGAGGUUCAGGAGGAGGGGAAUGGGGGGACUGAGGAUGUUGAGGAUGAAGGGGAGGAUGAGGAGGAGGAGGGGGUUCAGGAGGAGGGGGAGGAGUUGCAGGCUGCUGACGUGGAUGAGGAGGAGGAUGACGUGGAUGAUGACGCGGACGAUGAUGCUGCUCAAGAGAAUCAGGAAGACGGGGGAGCGGGUUCGGGAGGUCCAGGCUCGGGGAAGGGUCAGGAGGAGGGCGGCAAAGGGAAGGCGGGAGAAGGAGCAGGAGGUGGGUCAGGAGGAGUUGGGAGAGAGGCAGGGGAGAAGGAUGAAGAGGGUGAGGAGGAGGGUGAAGGGGAGGAGGCGCAAAGGGAGGAGGGGAACGUUGGUGGUGGUGGUAACCGCAUGGUGGAAGGGACAGUAGAAAAACCUUCGAAAGCCCCGUCGAGCAUUCCGAAGAGAUUUCUCAAGGAGUUGAGGGAGCUUCGGGAAAUUAGUGGGAUUCCCGAGCCUGCUUUGGCCUCGGAUGCUGCCGAGCCUAGAGAAGGCACUCAGGCUCGGAAUGGGGCUGCAGCAGGCUCGGCGACACGUGGCUGGGUUCCUCCGAGUGUGCUUCGCAAUCCAACCUCCAUUGCCUGCUUUGUGCCGACGAGUGGACCACACUUUCCAAAGCAGCUGCCACGGGACGUCAUGAGUUUGGGGGCUGGGGGGCCCCGCGGCGGCGGGGGGAAGGCGCCGACUGCGUCCCAUUCCGCCAGCGCAGGCGGACCCGCUGCUGCCCGUUCCGCAUCCGCGGCUGCGCAUAGCGCGGGCGCACCCGCUGCCUCUCCGCCAUCCUCUCCCGCUGGUGGGAUUUCGAGCUCCGGGUUUGGUGGGGGCGGGGCGAUGACGCCGAGACAAAGAGCCGCGCGGAGCAUGUUCCCGCGCGCCAUGUCCGCUUCGUCCGCGCACGGCAGCAGCGAGAGCGCGGGAGCGGGGAUAAGCGGGGCGAACAGGAGGCGAGGGGGCGGACGGGUAGUGGGGCGGGUUGGCUCGUCCCCGCUACAGACGUCCCCGCUACAAGCGUUCGCGCUACAGCCGUCCCUGCUGCAAGCAGCUGCGUCUCUCAGUGGUGUAGAUGCACCCGCUCAGGAAAACAACACCGAAAUGAAGUAUUUUUCAGAAACUGGGACCGCUACCCGUGCUGGCCCAGGUUUGGGGAGAAGGGGAGUCACAGUGGCAGCAGCUCAGAAAUUGAAACCGCUGCCGGAGUUAAGGCAACUCAGUGGGCGUGUGGCACUGCGCCAAUUCAGCGGACUCUCAGGAGCUCCCUCCUACUCAUCUUACAAAGAACGGAGUCGCUCUACAUUUUUCCCGGUCGCCUUCCUCUCUCGCGCUUCGCCUAUCCCUCUCCUGCCGCCUUCCUUUCUCCCGUCGCCCUCCUCUCUCCCGUCGCCCUCCUCUCUCCCGUCGCCCUCCUCUCUCCCGUCGCUUAUCCUAUCUCCCGCCGCCUUCGCUCUCCCGUCGCCUUCCGCGCUCUCUCUCCCGUCGCCUUCCGCGCUCUCUUUCUCGUCGCCUUCGCGCUCUCACUCCCGUCGCCUUCGCGCUCUCACUCCUGUCGCCUCCGCGCUCUCUUUCCCGUUGCCUCCGCACUCUCUCUUCCGUCGCCUCCGCGCUCUCUCCCUUCCCCGCCCGUCGUUCUUCCUCUAUCCGCUCCCCUCUUGUCGUUUUCUCUCUCACUUCUCCCCUCCCGACGUUUUUCCUCUCUCCCCUAAGAGUCCCAUCUCGUCGCUGACAUCGCUUUCAAAGCCUAUUAUCUUGUCUUCGCCCUGUCUCUCUACCCUUCCCCCCCCGUCUCCCUUGCUCUCUCCCCUCCCUCUCGUCGCCUUCGCAGUCUCCGCUUCCCUUCCCUCUCGUCACCCUCUCUCUAAACCCUCCCUUCCUAUCGACCUCCUUUUCUCCCCUCCCCUCCCGUCACCCUCGAUGCAGUCAUCGCCUUCGCGCUCUCCCUAUUGUCGCAUGUCUCCUCUCCCUCCCGUCGCAUGCGCGCUCUCCCUCUUGUCCCCUUCGCCCACCUCCACUCUCAUCCGCCUUUUCUCGCAGAUCUGCCAGGUCAUCGGCCCACCUCCACUCUCAUCUCCUGCAUGUGUGUGUGCGCUGGAUUUUGCCUGGUGGUUGAUUGAUGUGAUGUUUUGA